AUGGUAAGGUACUCAAGAGAACCAGCCGUUCAAGCCAAAUCUGCUAAAGCAAGAGUUCAAGACGUUAGAACUAGUUAUAAGAACACCUUCGAGGUUGCUGCCGCUAUUAGAGGAAAGUAUCUCAAAGAUGCUUACCACUACCUCAGAGAUGUACUCGACCAUAAAAAUAUUAUUCCUUUCAAAAGAUUUUAUGGAGGUGUUGGAAGAAAGGCCCAGGCUAACCACCUUAAGGCUUGUCAAGGAAGAUGGCCAGAAAAAUCUGUCAACCAUGUCAUCGCUCUCUUGAGAAACGUUAAGAAGAAUGUUAAGGCUAAGGGAUUAGACCUUGAUAAAUGCCAAAUUACCCACAUUCAGGUCAACAGAGCUCAAAACGGAAGGAGAAGAACUUUCAGAGCACAUGGAAGAAUUACUCCUUACUUGAACCAUCCUUGCCACGUUGAAAUGUUCGUCACUGAAAAGCAAGAAGAAGUAAAGAAAGGAGAGGGAGAACAAGCAGUCAAGGUGUCCAAGAAGAAAGCUGCCAAGCAGAGACUGCCAAUCGGAGUGUAA